UUUGUGAGUGGGAGUCCAGCCUGUGGCCCCUGCACCCUGUGCCCCUGUGAGCCUGGUCAAGAGGGGACUCAAAGGGUCCCCUCUCCCCCAGCAGCCUCCCUGUUGGACACCCUGAGGUCUGGGCAAGGGAGGGCCUAGGCCAGUGUCCCCAGGAGAGGAGGCACUGUCACCACAGACACAGGGAAGCAGACACAUUGCCAGGGAAGGGCAGAGAGGCAGAUGGGAGGGCAGCCUUACUCUCUGGAGGCCCAUGGUGGCAUUUCUAGGACAGCGGGCCCCAGGGGUAGUGGGUGCCAAGGGCUGGGUGCAGUCCCUGUCUGCAUUCCUCACAUAGAUGUCUUGUAGUCCUGGGUGUUUGAUGCAGAUUGGGAAGCUGAACCCCUUCCUAGCACCCUUGUUCCCUGGCUAGGCUGCGGCUGAGCUGGGACUUGAACCCGGGUCCUGAGUGACAUCGCCUUAGGUCCUCCCUCCCUUUGUCUCUGGCCCCCUUCAGCCCUACCUCUGUGUCCCAAACAUCUCCACUGUCCUCUGACUCUGAGGAUACUAGGGCAAGCUGUUGCUGGGCAGGGUCACACCAAGAAGGCAGGAGUCGGGGUGCCACUCUGGCCCCCUUGUCUCUCUGAGCCUGAUCCAGGGGAGGGGACUGGGCAGGCAGGCCUGAACCCUGCUGUCCUGGCUUUGCUGGGACCUGGAGAAUGGCCGUGGGGGCUCUGGGCAUCCUGAACCCCAGCUGUCUUGUGGGCAGUAGGCGCCAAGUCCUCAAGCACGUGGGUUGGGAUAGCCCUGGGGAGGAGGGGUGUUUGUAUCAUCAAGGCUUGCAGGGGGCAGGCUGCAGGAAUGAGGGAGUUAACGGCGGUUGCUUUCUCCUUUCUGGAAGGAAAACUCCCCACAAACGCCCUGGUCCCUGGCGUCCCGCCAGGGCCAAGAACAGGGACUGAAAACUGGAAGUUCAGGCGUGUGGCCAGCUCUGCCUCUCAUAGCAAGCGUUAGAGUCGGGCAGCAGCCCUGCCAUCGCCAGCUGUCCGUCCAUACACCCACCUGUCCUCUGGGUGCCUCUGUUCGUUGGUAAACCUGUCUGUCCACUGUCUGUAAUCCCGUCUCUGUCCAACCUUCUCUUACUAUCUUUUGUCCAGCUAUCUGGACUGUCAAUCCAUUUGUUUGUCUGUCUCUGGCCUCCAUCUAUUUGUUCAUCUGUCCAAUCACCUGUGAGUCUAUCUGCCCAUCUUGUUCAUUCAUCCACCCAUCUGUCUGUCUACCUGCCUUCUCUCUCCACCCUGGACCUCAGAGCCAUGGCCCAGGGACGCAGGGCCACGGUCAGCAUGGUCCUUCUGGGAUUGGGGCUGGCCCUAGCCAUCAUCGUGCCCGCCGUGGUCCUCUCUCGCCACCAUGCCCACUGCGGCUCCCAGGCCUUUGCCCACGCUGCGGUCGCCGCUGACUCCAAGGUCUGCUCGGAGAUUGGACGAGCCAUCCUCCAGCAACAUGGCUCACCUGUGGAUGCCGCCAUUGCGGCUCUGGUCUGCACCGGAGCCGUCAACCCUCAGAGCAUGGGGUUGGGCGGAGGGGUCAUCUUCACCAUCUAUAACGCCACCACAGGGAAGGUGGAAGUCAUCAAUGCCAGGGAGACGGUGCCUGCCAGCUAUGUCCCCCGUCUGCUGGACCAGUGUGAGCAGGCCCAGCCACUGGGCACAGGGGCCCAGUGGAUUGGAGUGCCCGGGGAACUCCGUGGCUAUGCUGAGGCCCACCGUCGCCACGGCCACCUGCCGUGGGCACAGCUGUUCUGGCCCACCAUCUCCCUGCUCCGAGGGGACUACCGCAUGCCCUUUACCCUCAGUCAGUUCCUGCAGAGUGACUUCCUACGGCCUUCCCUGUACAUGACUUCUCUGAGGCAGCUCUUUUUCAAUGGGACAGAACCUCUGAAGGCUCAGGACCCAUUCCCAUGGCCCGCGUUGGCUGCCACCCUGGAAACCGUGGCCACAGAAGGUGCAGAGGUCUUCUACACAGGGACGCUGGGCCGGACACUGCUGGAGGACAUUGCCAAUCAAGGUAGCCAGCUGACCCUGCAGGACCUGGCAGAGUUCCAGCCGGAGGUAGUGGAUGCCCUGGCAGUGCCCCUGGAGGACUACACCCUAUACUCACCGCCACCACCCGCAGGGGGUGCGAUUCUCAGCUUCAUCCUCAACGUGCUCAAAGGGUUCAACUUCUCCUCUGAGUCGGUGGCCAGGCCCGAGGGGAGAGUGAACUUGUACCAUCACCUUGUGGAGACGCUCAAGUUUGCCGGCGGACAGAGGUGGCGACUGUGGGACCCUCGUAGCCACCCGGAUAUCCAGAACGCCUCCCAGGACCUGCUGGGAGAGGCUUUGGCCCAGCACAUCCAGCAGCAGAUCGACGCUCGGGGUGACCAUCAUCUCAGCCACUACAGCCUGGCCGGGGCCUGGGGCCACGGGAUGGGCACAGCGCACGUUUCUGUGCUGGGGGAGGAUGGCAGUGCUGUGGCAGCCACGAGCACCAUCAACACGCCCUUUGGAGCAAUGCUGUACUCGCCACGCACGGGCAUCCUCCUCAACAAUGAGCUUCUGGACCUAUGCUGGAGGCGCUCACCGGACUCCAGAGUCACCCCACUACCUGGUGAGACUGAGGACCCCACUGGCAAGAAAAGGGAAGGCAGGCAGGCUGGGCGAUGCUGGCCUCUAGUUCCAGGUGAGCGACCUCCAUCAUCCAUGGUGCCCUCCAUCUUGAUCAGUGCAGCUCAGGGGUCAAAGCUGGUGAUCGGUGGGGCUGGUGGGGAGCUCAUCAUCCCUGCUGUGGCUCAGGCCAUCAUAAACAAGCUAUGGCUUGGCUUUGACCUGAGGACUGCCAUUGAAGCCCCUAUCCUGCAUGUCAACAGCGAGGGCCAUGUGGAAUAUGAGCCCAACUUCAGCCGGGAGGUGCAGAAGGGGCUCCAGGACAGGGGCCACAACCAGACCAUGAGGCCCUUUUUCCUGAACGUGGUCCAGGCCGUGUCCCAGGACGGGGCCUGUGUGUAUGCAGCAGCGGACCCAAGGAAAGGUGGGGAGGCCUCGGGCUACUGAGGAGACUGCUUCUGGCAGCUGCAAUCCGACCCACCGUCAGUGUGUGCUCAGGCUGGCCUUGGCUGUGGGACCCAGCACCCAAGCAAGAUCUGGACCCUUCGGCGGAGGGUCAGCCUGGGCUGCAAGAGGUGGGGACAGGCUGGAAGAUGGACGACUGUGGGGACUGAGCCCUCUCCCAGAGUCCCAUGUGGCCCUGCCCUGGCCCCCCAAGCUUCCCCUAGACCUCUCACUCAGGUCCGUGGCCCACUCUCCCUCCCCACCUGCCCCACUCCCCAUCUGUAUACCCUCUAGUCCAAGAUUAAAGAGGAGGGUGGACCUCGGCAUGAUUUGGGGUGUAGGUAUGGGAAGGGACCCUUAGCACACACACAGCUCUUACAGUCCUUCACCACACACCACCGUGAAGGUGUGGAAACCGAGGCCUAGAGACUGGCUGGCCCUGCCUAGGCCACCGCUGCUGGGCCUCUGCAGUGUGCCUGCCUGGGGCCUAUCAGUGGGAAGGCAGGGCUGUGGCCUGGGGGCGUCUGCCCCCCAGUCUUGCCAGGCCUUAGGACCAUCUCUGGAUCUUGUCCCGUGUGCCAGGAAAAGGCUGGAUGAAGUAGAACUUGGGACCCCACCUCAGCCCCCAGCCCCCUCCAUUGGCCCCAUUCUCACCCUCAGCACUGUUGACAUUUUUGGUGAAAUAGUCUUUGUCGGGGGGCUGUCCCCACAUUGUGGGAUGUUGAGCAGCAUCCCUGGCUUUUGCUCGCUAAACGCAGCAGCACCUGCUACCACCACCACUGGCCAAAUCAUCCCCAGUUAAGAACUGCUGUUCUGGACCCAUUAGCCCCCCACUGCUGAGAAGGGCUUUGCCAGCUGCUGGGUGGGCUGCCUGUCCUGGAGGGGCCUCGCUGGACUGACCUGGGGGGUCUUACCCCACACCGGUUCCUGGGAGCACUUGAGUGU